AUGGAUUCCUGGACGCGCUCGAGCUUCGGUACCUCCCGCGCCGACCACCUCAUGAGGAAGGGCCUCCUCUGCAAGAGGACCGUGAGGGACGAGUGGCGGUUUCCCGGGAGGGAAGAUGUGCUGAGUCCGGACGGCGGCUACGUCGUCUCGUUCGCGCACUUCCACGAGAGAGGGUUCGCGACCCCGCCGAGCCGCUUCUUCCGCGGGACUCAUGUUCUUGCAAGAGUUUCAAGGGAAAUCGGAGCUGCCUUUCUAGGAAGGAAGCACACAACCGCCCAAAAUGUGCUUGCUGCUGUAGACUUUGACCUAAGGUUCACAUAUGUUCUGGCUGGUUGGGAGGGCUCAGGUCAUGAUGCACUAAUCUUGAAUGAUGCUCUUCAAAGGGAAGAUGGUUUAAGGGUGCCACUAGGUAAAUUUUACUUGGUACAUGCUGGAUAUGCAGUGAGGCCAGGCUUCCUGCCUCCAUACAGAGCCACAAAAUAUCACUUGAGAGAGUUUGGUGCAAGGGUACCAUGGACUCCUAAAGAGCUCUUCAACCUCAGGCAUUCCUCCCUUAGGAUCACAGUGAAGAGGGCUUUCGGUGCUCUCAAGAAUAGGUUCAGGAUCUUGGACAACAAGCCUUUCCACCCAUACAAGACACAAUUCAAAUUGUUAGGGAUGGAUGACAUUGACCCGGUCUUUGAGGGUAUCUUUGAGGGAUUCGGGGGCAAUGGUGAGCGGACAAAAGUAAUGUCUGCAUUUGUCCUCAGGAGGUUCACUAAGCUUGUUCGGAAGGGACUGAAAACUGACAAAGGUUUUAAAGAGGAGCUUAGUGGGUCAAAUUGGGAUGAAGAGAACUACAUGAUCACACUAGCACCAGAGCACUACAAAGGUCACAUCAAGGACCACCCUAAGGAUGCGGAGUACCUCAACGUUUCAAUCAAGAACUUUGUUCAGAUGCAGAUGAUCUUUGGAAAUGGUUUUGCUACUGGAAGGUAUGCAAUGGGAUCAAAUGAAGCCCUUGGACAACCAUUUGUUGAGCCUAAGACAAUGGAUGUAGAGGCAGAUGCUCCAGCAAUAGCGACAGCAACUGAAGCUACAAAUGAUGUUGAAAGUUCUAGAGCCAAGGUUGGCUUGGGGAAGAGGAAGAGGAUGGGGUUUGCAGCUGCUGUGCAUGAUGCUGCUCAUGCUGAAGGGUACCCUGGGACAUAUGAAGCAUGCGUGAACACUCCAGGAUUCCCAAAACCUCUGCUGAUGAAAGCUCUGAACCACAUGACCACAAACAAGGCAAGUGCCAUUCAGUUUGUCAAGAUGUCACCAGAAGAUAGAGACCUGUGGAUGACAAGCUUCCUGCAAGACAACAACCUUCUAUGA